CACUUCCAGUGUCCACCAUCUUGGCCGAAGUUGCCACAAAAGUAGAAUCGUGACGGACGGCAAAUAAUUGCAAAACGCAUAGUGUUGACUAUUGUGGAAAAAAACCAGAGGGAAAGGCCGCCAAAAAGAAGUUGGCGAGAAAGCAGGCGGGGAUUGGAUUCCGUUUCCAGCUGGCCACAAAGUGCUCGAAAUUGAUUUCAAUUUCGAUUCCAGCCGAGCGAAAGAGACAGCGCGUGAGCGGGGUGGAGCAGAGCAGAGUGGAAGAGUAAGCGGGAGAGGUAGAGGACGUUACAGCAGCUCCCUUGCUCAUAGCCAACUCGAUAUGAAUGCCAAGCGCGUGAAGUACUCUACCGUAAAGGAGGAGAUCGUGCCCGUGCUCAUCCAGCACGAUCCCGAGGUGGAUCCCGAGGAGGAACCCGAGGAGGAGGAGGAGCACGUCCACGAACACGAGGACGACGGCCAGGAGACGCAGUAUACGUAUGCCUAUACCACCGGCGAGGACGAUGACACCGAAACCGCGGUGGUGACCCUGAGCGAUCGGGAUCACGAGGCACUGGCCAAUGCCCAGGAGGUGAUCAUUGAUGAGAACGGUCACGCCGUGACCCUGCAGGAACUGGUCGAGAACAGCACCGUCGAGGAGGUGGAGACCAUCGAACAGGGCGAUGGCACACACACCAUCCUUCACAUUGUGCCCAAUAUGCAUGACGAGGAGGUCGAGGAAGACGAAGAGCUCGAGGAGGGCGAGGAGCUAGAACAUGACGAUGAGAUUGUCACUGUGGAGCACGAGGAAGCCGAAUUGGAAGAGGAAGAAGACGAGGUGGGCUCCAUUGUUUUCGAGGGCACCAUUGAUCAGGCCGAACAAGAUCCGCAUGCCCGCAACAAGACCUUCUACUGCCCCAACUGCGGUAAUUGCUACAGUGCCGCCGGCUCCCUGAAGCUUCACAUGCGCGCCUGCCUGCGCCAGAGGAACGAGGUCUCCGCCGAGGACCGCAAGUGCAAGGUGUGCAGCAAGAUCUUCAACUCGGUUGCCUACCUUAAGGAGCACAUGAUGCGCCACACGGGCGAGCAGCCCUUCCGCUGUACCCGCUGCUAUCGCAAGUUCGUUGACGAGGGCAAGUUCGCAGCCCAUAUGGAGUCGCACAAGCACCAAGACAAGCUUGAGGCCGAGGCGGUUGCCCUGGCCGCCCAGCACGGCGGCAAGAAGGUGGUCGUUAAGGAGUUCCAGUGCGCCUUCUGUUCGCAGAACUUCACCGUCGUCUUUGAUGUAGGACAGGUGAAGCGUCGCUAUGCCUGCGACGCCUGUCGCGAUAAGUACUCCAAUGCGGAGGCUCUGCGCCAGCACAAGCAGCAAGUUGAGGAGAAGCGCGAGUUCAGCUGCGAACGCUGCGGCCGCAAGUUCGUUUUCGAGGGCUUCCUUCAGCGCCAUCUGCCCACCUGCGAUGGCAGCAUCAAGCGCCGACGCGACAUGAAGUAGAGGCGGCCUCAACGUGAUGACCACUGGCGGCGUCGGCAGCAGCUGGAGCCGGCGAGCGAGGAGCAGGAGUCGCCGCCGCCAGUGCGUUACGUUGUUAUCAAGCAGGAGUACGUAGAUGAGGAGCAGUAGGAUUAGCAGGGGCACUAGCUAGUGUCUGAUGAAUCGCCCAAUGCAGAACUCAGACUAGCCGCCCGGGCCACUGAAAUCAUAACGAAUUAUCCACGAGGAGCAGCUGCUGGCCAUCUAUCUACACGCAAACAAAACCACAAAACCACACGCUUUUUUUGGGGGGCCUCAACGACCACUUUCUUCAACUAAUUCCAAAGGAGAGCGUUUAUCUUUUACCUAAUUGUACACAAACAAACACACACAAACACAAAUUUGUAUAUGUUAUGAUUUCAGGCCACCUCUGUGGCUUUCAAUUCGAGAUAAUGCAGAACCAACGACCAGUGGACGUUGGUCACAGACGGAUGGCGAUGAUGGCCAAUGUAUAGAUAUAUAUUACUUACUUUUAAUUACGACUACUUAAUGAUAGAGCUCACAAUCACCCGCUAUUGUGUAAUAACCCCAAACCGAAAUGCUGACACACAAAACGAGCGUCAAAUCGAUGUUGAAUUCAAUAAAAACAAACUAAAUCGAGAA